AUGCGCUGGCUCAGUCGCACCCGCAACCUCGUCUGGCCAGAGCCAAAGGACCCGCUCGAACGAUCCCUCCUCCGAAAGGCAGACGCCCUCAUCCUCUCCUACCUCUGCCUCAACUUCUGCAUCAACUAUCUCGACAGGGUCAAUUUCAUCAAUGCAUACGUAUCGGGAAUGGGGACCGCCCUGCACAUGAAAGGCCGCGAAUACAAUGCCGUCAUCGCCUGCUUCACAGCCGGCUUCGCCAUCGCCCAAAUCCCGCAAAACCUCCUCCUCCUCCUCAUCCCGCCACGGUACCUCUUCCCCCUCAACGGAGUCGUGUGGGGAGUAUUGACGGCUGCAGGAGCGGGAGCGACAAAGGUCCAGCAUCUCUAUGUGAUCAAGUUCUUCCAGGGAAUGGCGGAAUGCUCGACCUUCAUCGGCGCGCACUACAGCCUUGGCUCAUGGUACCGUCCCAGCGAAAUCGGCCGCCGCGCAGCCCUCUUCUCCGCCUCGGCCCAAAUCGCAUCCAUCUUCUCCGGUUCGCUCCAGAGCGCGCUGUAUACGAAUUUGGAUGGAGCGUGCGGGUUGGAGGGGUGGCAGUGGCUGUUUAUCGUUUGCGGGAUCAUCACGGUCCCCAUCGCACUCUUCGGCAUCUACUCGUUCCCCGACACGCCUCUCCGCACUCGCUCCUCGCUCUUCACUCCGCAAGAACGCGCACUCGCGAUCGCCCGUCUUUCACACCCUUCUCGCGCGCAGAAGACGGCAGGAGGAGGGGUGGAUUGGACGCUGGUGAGGAGGGUAUUGGGUAGGUGGGAGCUGUGGGGAUUGGCGUUGGUUUGGACCGCCGGCGGCGCACUCGAGUCGUACUCCUCAUGGGGCAUCAUGCCCCUGUGGAUGAAAGCCCAGCGCACGCAGCAGGGGAAGCCGAGGUAUACCGUUGCCGAGCUGAACCAUCACCCGCUUGGGAUGCCGGCGGUCGCUAUUGCGGCGCUGUUGGGCACUAGGAGUUUGCGGGAACAGGCGAUAGGGACGGACCGAAGGACACAAGACCGCUACGCCGUCAACCUCGUCGUCGCACUCGCCGUCCUCGUAUCAAGCUUGAUCGUCCUCAUCUCCGGCCUCAGACCUGUUGGAGCCGUGUCGAGGGGUGCGGUGUACUUUGCUUUCUACCUCUCUGCCGUCUCGUUUGCGGGGCAGAUGAGCAACUUUGCGUGGGCGAACGAGUUGUUGAGGGACGAUGAGGAGGCGAGGAGUGUCGUGCUGGCGGGGAUGAACGUCAUCAGCUACGCAUUCAACGCUUGGUUCCAAAUCGCCUUCUUCCCCGCCUCCGCCUCACCCGCCUUCACGCGCGGCUCGUCUCUCAUCAUCGCCUUCUGUCCUUUAUUGGCGCUGUUCACGAUGGGUGUGAGGGGGUUGCAAGUUCGGACGGAGCGGAGACGGGCGAGGGAUAGGGAGGGAGUGGUGGAGGAGGAGGUGGAGGAGAAGGGAGGGGAGAUGGGGGAGGGGAAGAGACCGGGGACGGGGACGACGGUUGUGGGAGAGGUGGAGCGGGAGGGGGAGGAGGAUGGGAAAGAGGUAGAGCGCUAG